UUAAUACUAUUAAUUAUUAUUUUUAUUUGUGUACCUUACAUUUAUCUGUGUAUGUUAUAUAUUCUUGUAGAAUAUAUAUUUGGUUCAUUAUCUUUACUAUGGCAACACACAAACGGAGACAUAUUAAAUCAGAAGUUGACGUUUAAUGUUGUGGAGAUAAUGUUCAGUACAGUUAUGAGAUCGAAUUUAAAAGUUUUUCCGAUUCGAUCUUUAAAUCUCGACUUGACAAUAUGUUUUUGACAUAGUUCAAAAUACAAAGUUGUAAAAAAAAAAGUUCGAUAAGCAUUCUGUGCAAUGAUGCAUAAUUAAUAAAUAAUGAUAUUAAGAUGAUUAGAAGAAAGAAGAGAGGAAAUGAGAAACCGGAAAGGAAAGAAAAGAAAGUGCGGAAAAAGUUUUUGGACGAACACGAAACAUUGUCCUAUGAACAGCAAAUUCUAGACAACAAUAAGCAAUUGUCACGGCUACGAAGUCGAAAUGAAGAACUCGAACACGAGGUAAAAGUUCUAACGAAGAAAUUCGAGCAGUUGAAGGAGGAUCAAUCUGACGUCAUAGCACACUUGGAACGAAACUUGGAGGCAAAGAUAGAAGAAUCUCGAGAGCUGAGCGAACGUUUAUUGGCUUUGGAGGAAUUGCGAAAGCAAGAACAAGCCGAGUAUAAGAAAAAAGAAAGCGAGAUGGAGUUUGAAUAUCGUACUAUGGAGAAUAAUUUAAGCGCGGAGGUGAAACUCGCAGCCGGAAAGUUGAAUGCUUUAGAAGAUUGGAGAUUAGCCCGCUUAGAUCUAAUGAACAAGUUCGAGAUACAAGAGGAGCAAAUCGCGAAACAAGAAGAGUUGCACAAAACGACACUCUACGAAACGGAGAAAUCACUUAUUAUUGCAAAGGCUAAAAUGCAAAAAGAGAUGGAAGAACGGUUAAAGCAGCUCGCUCAGGAAUUUAAAGAGGCGACGAAUAUCCGCAUAGCGAACGUAAUGCGGAACACGGUCAGGAGAAAUAUCGCGUUGAAUCACGAACUGAACACGAUGCUGAAGGUCUGCGAAGACCUGGAAUCGCAGAGCGCGGAGUGCAAAGAUAAUGAUCGCAUGCACAGAUUACAAUCCGAAUUAUUCGAGAUGGGAGCGAAAAUCGCGAUAAACGACGCAAUGAGACAAAAGGAUGUGAUGCACGAGCUUGCCAGGGAACACAUAGACACGAUCCUCGAGUACGGGCGAGUGCAACGAGAAAACGCUAGAUUCAAAAAUUACGAAAUAUUGCUAAGCGAACACAAGAUGAGUUACGAAGCGUCGGAGCAGAAGAUAAAGAUCCUCGAGCGACAAUUGCAAGAAACGAAAAAAGCCAGACAGAAAGUUCUGUCGGAAGUGCGCAUUAAAUGCGAGGAGUUCAAAAAAUUGGAAGAGACUCUGAAGGAAGCCAAACAAUGCGUCCUGGAAGCGUUACAGUUGCAAGAAGAUGUCUGCACGAGCGACAUUUGCGCUUCAUGUGGCGUCGAUACAAAACAGAAGCUUAUUUAUUCGCUUCAAAAUAUCCUGGAAAAGAAUGAUAAUUUCGAUGUAAUCAAAGACGAUAAUUCAUAGGUGAAGUGCAAUACAUCGUCAUAUUUAUAAUAUGCCUUAUGUAUCAUGGAAUAAUUUUAUAUUAUUUAGUUCAUUUUGAUUAUUCAAUACAUGUACGUAUAAUAUUGUCAUAUUAAUUAAAAUUUUAACAAAUGUACAGAUUAAUAUAUUUAAUUUUUGCAAAUAUUUUAUAAAAAUGAUAAUAGAAUAAUAUUUGUAAUAGAAUAUUUUCAA